AAGCGCACUUGUGAUGUAAAAGCCAGUUUGUCGGAUGCCCGCCGUCAGUCGAAUAUCUAAUAUCACGAGGAGCGAAUGUUGUUUCAAGCUUUUGGAAUAUACAAUGUUUUGAUUAAAUACAAUCAAAACAAAUGCGUGCUGUAUUUAAGUGAACGUGAUAAGAAUAUUUCAGUAUCUUACCUGAAGCCAAUGUAAAGAUGGCAAACCACGCAAAAGUCAUCCUGGGCUGUUUAUUAUUAAGUGCUCUUCUCCAAGCAAGAGCCGACGCAGCAGAAGUCCAUGAAGUUACAAAAGAAGAAAGUAAUCCCAAGUUAGAUAGCAAGCCUUACGGCGUGGCAGAAGAUAUACAGCAUUCGAAGGAUAGCAGUUCUGCACAACGAGAAAAAAGAUUUUAUAACUACUUCGACUACAACUUUGGUUACAACUUGAAUCCCCAGAUUCCAGCAUACAUUAAAAGAGAUCAAUCUUUCCAGACCGGUAAUUAUGGUAUACAGGAUCCAUUGGACUUGAUAUUUAAAAAAAUACAAGAAAUUACAAACGUUGCUAAUCAUCGGUCCUAUUUACCACCGCCACCACAAAUUCCAAGACCGACGUUCAUACCAGUCCUAUAUGUGCCCAAAAUGCAAUGCCAAUGCCCGAAUAAUAACGAACAACCGACGACAAGUCGCCCAUUGCCAAAGGAUCCAGUGUCACAAAAUAAUACUGAACCUAACGUCAAUACAGACAGCGGAACAAUAAACGAAACGAUGCCUGAAUUCCCUACCAGAUUUCCUGAUGUUGACGAUAUGCGUGAUACUCAAGACAAUGAAUAUGAUUACGGAGAUGACUCCGACGGCACAAGACCGAUCACAUUGAGAAAACCCGUUAAACAGAGUCAAUCAUCAUCUAGAACCUCACCUCCUUUAGAACAUGGGAGUAGUCAAGCCGGAUUGGACUCACCCACACAGAGCAAUGAUGCACCUCUACAGACUUUGACUCCCGACAAUGAGUCGGUGCCAUUUGCAGAAACCAUUACUGUAUGUGAAAGUGCUGCGAUAUUCUGCUGUCAUCAACCUGAAGUAACAUACGAAUGUUUUACAGCACAGAGCUGUGCUACCCCAGAUGCUAAACCUUGUGAACCUGACUCACUUUUGAGGACUAUCAAUAAGUUGCAAUAUUUAUAUAAUUUGAGGAAAACUUCAACAGAAAGUUAAUGAAUGAACAAAAUUGUUCUUUAUUCCAUACUCUAAUGUAAUUUAAUUUAAAGAUGUAGGAAUACUAUCGAGGCAUUUAAUCGAAAUAACAAGAUAGCAAAUGAGACACGGCUAUGUAUUAAGAGUACAAUGUAUUGUGCAUAACAAAUGAUAAUAAGAUUGUUCAGAUGUAAUUUAUACCAAUGCAAUUUUAUGUUACAAAGAAAUUUAACACUUACUCAAUCAAAGAUAGUUCCUAUAGUUCAACUAAUAACGAAUUAUUUGUCACUUACAAAAUAAUAUAAUAUAAUAAUCACAGUACUAGUCGCCUUCUUAAUGUUUAUUACGAUUAGAGUACAUGUAUUGUCUUAAUAUGAUUAAAAACCAGAUGGUAUUAUCACGACUUACAAACACACGAUUCAUUACAAAACCAGGUAUAUCCAUAUACCAUUUUAUUUGUUUCUGGACGUAAGUGAGUCAAAAAGUCGUGAUGGUACGUAAGAUAUUUAAUAGUUUGCCUUAUAAUGAUGAAAUAAAGAUAGAGUGUGGUCUCACUUUAUCACUCAUUCAUUUAUUAUUUUAAUCAAUGAUAGAAUUGCUUAAAAUCUAGAAUGCGUAAGUUUUCUGUGCAAUUAUUAAUUUAUAUACCUAAUUUA